AUCUCAUAUCCGAGCCUCCGGUGGGAGAGAGAGUGAGAACUCUAGCUCUUCUCCGGUUCUCCCCUUGUCUACGUGGACCGGCUCCGCCCGCUCCGGCGCGCGCGCGACGAGAGGAUCGCCGAUGAGUGCCCAGGACUAAGAUUUGGAGUUUUUGAUAUUGAUUUCCAUCCCAAGGGAUGGGCUAUGGCAUGAGUAGGCUGGAGGAGGAAUACAGCGAACACGAAGAGAAUAAUAAUGAUGGAUCUAGUUCACAAGUGAAUAAUGAUUUCUUAAACACACAUAAUGAUAUUUUCCAUAUGACUCGAAUAAGAUCAGGACCUAGCGUCCGCAAGUCCAUUGGUACCCGCAAAGAUAUGAUAUCAACAACCAGGUUAUUGUCUGGAAGGGAAAUUAAUUCUUCAGGAAAUGGGAAGUUCUCUUCAGUUGAUCGUGCAUUUGUUCUGGGUCGUUAUCUUCCAGUGGAUGGCCCUGAAAAAGUGGACAGGAUGGAUUCCCGAGCUUAUGUUUCACAGUUUUCUGCUGAUGGUUCUCUUUUUGUUGCUGGUUUUCAGGGAAGCCACAUAAGAAUAUAUGAUGUUGAUAAAGGUUGGAAAGUGCAUAGGGACAUUCAUGCUAGAAGUUUGAGAUGGACCAUUAGUGAUGCAUCACUUUCCCCUGAUCAACAGUUUCUUGUCUACUCCAGUCUGGCACCAAUUAUCCAUAUUGUCAAUGUUGGGACUGCUGCAAAAGAAUCAUAUGCUAAUGUCAAUGACAUCCAUGAUGGAUUAGAUUUUUCGCAGCAUGAAGAUGUUCGAUAUACAUUUGGAAUAUUUUCUGUUAAAUUCUCUUCUGAUGGUCGAGAGCUUGUUGCUGGUAGUAACGAUGAUUCAAUAUAUGUCUAUGACCUUGUGGCAAACAAACUAACGUUGCGUUUGCCUGCUCAUCAUUCUGAUGUCAACACAGUAGCAUUUGCUGACGAAACUGGCCAUCUCAUAUAUUCUGGAAGUGAUGAUAAUUUAUGCAAGGUCUGGGAUAGGCGAUGCUUAUCCACAGAAGAACCUGCUGGUGUUUUGUCUGGGCAUUUGCAUGGCAUUACUCAUAUUGAUAGCCGUGGAGAUGGUCGGUGUUUCAUAUCAAAUGGAAAAGACCAAGCUAUUAAAAUGUGGGACAUCAGAAAAAUGACGUCCAAUGCUGAUAGUUAUGAAGACAGAACCUCAAAUUGGGACUAUAGGUAUUCAAGAUACCCACAACAGUAUAAGCAACUAAAGCAUCCCCAUGAUCAGUCAAUAGCUACAUACCGGGGCCAUUCAGUUCUUCGUACAUUGAUCCGUUGUUAUUUUUCACCUGUUUAUAGCACAGGACAGAAGUACAUAUAUACAGGAUCCUAUGAUUCUAGUGUUUGUAUCUACGAUGUGGUAAGUGGAUCACAAGUUGCAAAACUCAAAGGAUAUCAUCAACUGACAAUUCGAGACUGCAGCUGGCAUCCCUUCGAUCCUAUGCUUGUCAGCUCAUCCUGGGACGGCCGGGUUGCCAAGUGGUCCAGGUCCUCUAAUCCGCGAGAGACUUCUGAUCUCGAUUGAUUCGGUGCUCGCACGUGUUCUCGGUGUUUGCGGUCUUCGAGCAUAUAUCCAGAUAAUGGCACUACAAAAAUGUGGUUUUAAACAGGCCACGGAGUUUGGUACAGUUUGGCUAGAAACUGUAAAGGGACACUGUAAAUACGAAAUAGCAAGUCUUUGGUUGUCUGUACAUGUCACUGAACUGGGAGCUAGUUUUGAUUUUCGCAAGAAGCAAAUUUGUUUUGACGGGAAAUUCGCAUUGCUAUUUCCACAGAUCCACGAAAUAGUAGUACAAAUCUGCCGAAAUGGGCUGAAUCAGGAGCAGAUGACGAUCGAAGGAAUGGCGGUGUCACGUCUGUCAGCAACCAGACGUGGGUGACAGAUGAAAAAUGACGGCAUGCCGCUGCCUACUUCUUGCCGGCGCUCUUGCCCUUGGCGCCGGCGCCGCCGUUGCCGACGCCGCCCUGCGCCGCCUUCCUGGCCGCCUUCUCCUGCAGCGCCUUGGCGUCCCUCUCCCGGCGCUGCUCCGGCGUGAGCCCGUCGUCGCGGCCCUUCACCACCGGCUUCCGCGCCUGCGCCCGCUGCCUGUCCCGCUCCCUCUGGUCGCCGCGUGCGCCCUCCUCAGGUCAAGGACAACCAGCCAACAUAGCACGGGAUAGCACAAUCCAUAUCCAAAAUUUGUCACACGAACACACGCGGUGAAAAACGAAACAUAAACGAAGAAGAAAAUAAAUUCCUUGAAAUUCUACCGAUCGAGGAAGGAAGUAGAAUACUGAGAAAAAGCAUUUUGUUUGCAGAGGAAGGAUAUGAGUCAUCGCGGCGAGAGAUUAACAACUCGGAAGACUGAGACGGUGGCAAGCGAGAGGGAGAAGGAGAUGGAGGAGGAAGUAUCUCGAAGCAGCGUGAGGCCGAGACGGGGGGCGCCCUCGAUUUAUGCAGGGCGUGACCCGCCGUCCGCGUCUGCUUCUGGAAGCCUCCACCCGU